AUGCUGAAGAAGAGGGUUAAGAAGGGCGGGCGGGGCCGUCAAGAAGCCGCGAAGAAGGCUCAUGCCCCGUCUCCGUCGGGAGGCACCAUCACCGAUGAACUGCGCUCGCAGCUCAUUGCAAACAACAGCAACGCCUAUGCGGAUCAGACUGGCGCAGAGGGGGAAGAAAGCAACGUACUCAUCGUAGGGGCCAAGAAGAAGAAGGAAAAGACCACAGCAGAGCCCGAGGAAAAGAAGCCCAAGCUCACGGCCAAGCAGAAGCGGCGCCUGGCCAAGCUCCAGGAGAAGGACCAAAAGAAGAAACAGCGUAUCGACCUGUUCCAAUCGCUCUCGAACACCAUGCUCACGCCCGAUCAGAUGAAGCUGCUGCAUCCCAGUAGCGACAUUGGCAAGAAAGAGACGAAGAAGGACAAGCUUAGCCGCGCGUUCAGGGAGCAGAAGACCCUCGGUUACACCCUCACCAACGACGUUCAGUUGGAGCAGCCCGUUACCAAGCGAAAGCGCGAAGAGGAGGAGGACGACAGCAGCGAAGGCGAGCUGCAGUACGACGACAACUUCGAGAUCCCCUUCAAGUUCCCCUCGUUCGUUCCUCCCGCGACCUCGGCCAGCACAGCCGCUUCGUCGUCGUCGUCGUCUACGUCAACGUCGACCUCGACCUCGUCCAUCUCCACGAUGGUCGCCAGCUCGGCCUCCACGCUGCGCUUCGACUUCUCUGGACUCUCCUCGUUCGGCAAGCCCAAGCCUGCAGCGGCUUCGACCCCUGCUCCAGCCGCGGCAGCGCCUGCCACCCCGGUCAAGCCGGUUGUCGCCCCCACCACGACCACUACUGCCUCGUCUCCAGCAGCUGCUUCGUCUGCCAAUUCCACACCCAGUUCGGAGUCAAAGAGGGCCAGGAAGCGAAGGAAGCAGGAAAAGAAGAAAGAGAAGAAGAAGGAACAAACGGCUGCCGUGGCCGCGCAGGAUGAACCCGAGCCGACCCCUGAGGAGCCCAGGUCCGCUGUUGCGGCGCCGCCCGCUGCGCCAGCUGCUUCCACUGAGCCCGCGGCACCGGCCAAGGCGAGUAAGCCGGCGUUCUUCGUGCCUGUGUCGAGGUUGCCCGAGGUGGAGAAGCAGCGCAAGGAGCUCCCCAUCUACAUGGAGGAGCAGCGGAUCAUGGAAGGCAUCAAGGAAAACGACGUCGUAGUCAUUUGUGGUGAGACGGGAUCUGGUAAGACCACGCAGGUGCCCCAAUUCCUCUACGAGGCCGGCUACGGCUGCCCCGGGUCAGCCAACCCUGGCAUGGUGGCGGUCACUCAGCCGCGUCGUGUGGCUGCGGUCAGUAUGGCCCAACGCGUGUCGCACGAAAUCAACGCCGAGUCCAAGUCCCUCGUCUCUUAUCAGAUUCGAUACGAUUCCACGGUGAGCAACGACACUCGCAUCAAGUUCAUGACCGACGGUAUCCUGCUCAAGGAGAUUCAGGGCGACUUCCUCAUGAAGCGGUACUCGGUCAUCAUCAUCGAUGAGGCCCACGAGCGCAACCUCAACACCGACAUUCUCAUCGGCCUCCUCUCGCGCAUUGUGCCCCUGCGCGCCCAACUCGCCCGCGAGCACAAGCUCAAGCUCAAGCAGAACCCCUCGGCCAUUGCCCCGCAGGACCUCAUCAGGCCGCUCAAGCUGUGCUUUGCAUUGCUGUGGCUGAACGCGUCGGCCGGCCGGCUUCAGGUGAUCAUGUCCGCGACGCUGCGCGUGAGCGAUUUUGUCGAUAAUGCGAAGCUGUUCCCCACGCCGCCGCCCGUGAUCAGCGUCGACGCGCGUCAGUUCCCCGUCACGGUCCACUUCAACCGACGCACCGUGCUGGGCGACUACAUCGGCGAGGCCUACAAGAAGGUCUGCAAGAUCCACCAGAAGCUGCCCCAAGGAGGCGUGCUGGUGUUCCUUACGGGUCAGCAGGAGAUCGAGGUGCUGUGCCGCAAGCUGCGCACGGCCUUCCCGCCCCACAUGGAGCGGAGGAAGAAGACCACCUCGAUCCUCGUCGACGAAGAGCCCAAAGAAGCGGAAAAGGGCAAGGAAAAAGAAAAGAAGACGAAGACGAAGAGCGAAGGCGACAAGAAGGCCGACGCUGAGGACUCCGGGGAGGAGGACAUGGAAGUCGAAAAGAACGAAGACGGAGAGAAAACGAAAACUGAAAACGAGCAGAAGGAGGGAGAGGCUGGAGAGGAGGAGGAUGACGACGAGGAGGAGCAGGACACGAUCGGCCCGCUCUGGGUCCUUCCGCUCUACUCCGCACUGCCGACCAAGCAGCAGCUGCAAGUGUUCGAACCGCCGCCUGCGGGCUAUCGCCUGGUGGUGGUGGCCACCAACGUGGCUGAGACCUCGCUCACCAUCCCCGGUAUCAAGUACGUGGUAGAUUCCGGCAGGGCCAAGGAGAGGGUGUACGAGCGAGCGUCGGGCAUGUCAUCGUACGUGGUUCAAUGGGAGUCGCAGGCCUCCGCCAACCAGAGGGCGGGUCGUGCCGGUCGUACGGGUCCGGGUCAUUGCUACCGGCUCUUCUCGUCGGCCGUCUUCAACGACCAGUUCGCGCAGUUCUCGCACCCCGAGAUCAGUCGAAUCCCCAUCGAAGGUGUGGUGCUGCAGAUGAAGAGCAUGGGCAUCGACAAAGUCGUUUCGUUCCCCUUCCCCACGCCCCCGGAUAUGAUCGGAUUGAAGGAAGCCCACAGGACGCUGUCGUACUUGGGCGCGCUCGACAAAGACAAUCGGCUCACCCCACUGGGCCGUUCGCUUGCCACCUUCCCGGUUGCUCCUCGCUACGCUAAAAUGCUGGUGCUCGGGCAUCAGGGUGGGUGUCUGCCCUACGUGAUUGCGCUCGUGGCGGCCCUCUCGGUGGACGAUCCACUCCUGCGGCAGUCGCUGCACGAGGAACGCGAUGAAGAGGGCGAAGAGGAGAAGACGAAGGCGGAGCUUCAGAUGGAGGAGCAGGAGCGAGAGCAGCGAACGAAGCGGCGCGCGGCCAUCAUCUCCGUGCACAACAUCUGGGCGCACCCGGCCAGCGAUUUGCUGGUCAUCCUCCGGGCCAUCGGCGCUUACGAAUACGGCGGCGCCACCGACAAGUUCUGCGAGAAGCACUUCCUCAACGCCAAGAUCAUGAAGGAGAUCCAUCAGCUGCGGGAGCAGUUGACGUACCUGGUCAACACGGUCUACCCGCAGGACGAGCCCAUCGGCAUGGACCCCAACCUGCAGCCGCCCAGCCCCGAGCAGGAGCUGCUGCUGCGCCAGGUGAUCACCGCGGGCCUGGUCGACCAGGUGGCCCGGCUGCACACCGAUCGAAGCGAGAUGGGUUACAUCAAUGAGGCCAAGGCCCAGAAGCAUUUCCAGUACAUGACGGUCAAGACCAACGAGGUGGUGUACGUGCACCCGUCGUCGUUCCUGUUCGGCCAGCACGAGGAGUACGUCGUGUAUCGAGAGCUCGUACAGACCAAGAAGACCUACAUGAAGGGCGUCACGGCCAUUCACCCGUCGUGGCUGUGCUCGCUUGGCACCGCGCUCUGCCAACUCUCCAAACCGCUCGAGACCCCUCCCCCUCGAUACGAUGCCGAGGCGGACACCAUUCGAUGCUUCGUGUCGCCCACAUACGGCCCCAACGCCUGGACACUGCCCGUGCAGGAGGCUGACAUGGAGGACGGAGUGGACCGGUACAAGUACUUCAUGCGCUUCCUUCUCGAGGGGAAGAUCAUUCCCUCACUCAAGGCCCUGCGCGAGAACUUGUCUGGCCGGCCUUCGUUGAUCACGGCGCCAACCACCACGCAGCACAAGAUCCUGGCGUUCCUACAAACGCUCAGCUCCAACAAGGUCUACAACAAGAAGACCCUCAUGGCCAAGCUCAAAACGCAACCCAAGUUCUUGCUGGCGGAGAUGAAGCUGUGGGUCAACCUGCAAACGCACGAGCUGCUCGAACAGCUGUGGAGCAAACUUACCCGCGACAACCAAAAGUGA